CCGCCGUCGCCGGGGGGGAGAGCGCCGAGGGAUCCGACUGCCAGAAGCGACGCCCAUCUCUGCCGUCCCGUACCGCUGCAGGGUCAGGAGAGCCUCCAUUCGCUCGCCCGUUCAUCCCGACGCAGCAGCGCUGGAGGCCAGCACGGAAGCCAUGCCGGAACUCACCAGUUCCAGGAAGAAGCGGGGCAUGCCGCUGCAUCAGGUCAGCAUCGAGUCGCCCGGCCCCACCAUGAAGGGGUGCGUGUUCAACUUUGACGUGCCGAUGCCGGAGGUGCCGCCGGCCGGAGCCCGUGUCAAGGUGAUGUGCGCAGGCGUGUGCUACCGCUCCAAGCGGUCCAUGUCGGUGAACAGCGCCGCCUCGCUGGCCUCCAUCGGCUCCGACGGCUCCAGCUGCAGCAACAAGGGCGUCCGUGACACCUCGCUCUUCCCCGGUAGGUUUGAAGUGGCCGGACAGAUUGAGAGCUUCGGCGAGAAUGUGGACCCGAACUGUGGUCUGAAGAUCGGCGACAAUGUCAUCGUGUAUCCCUACGUGGGAUGCCCGGACGGGUACGCCGAGUACGUGCCCGUGGAGGACGUCAAGUACCUGGUGAAGGUGCCCGGCUCGGUGUCGAUGCCGGUGGCCUCGAUGCUGCCCAGUGGCGGCCUGUGGGCGAUGAACACUGUGUUCACCGCCCGCCAGUACGUCGAGAGCAGCUGGCCGAGGAAGGUGAACGUGCUGGUGGUGGGCACUGGCGGCCUGGCGCUCUGGGCCAUCCGGAUCGGCCGCUUCUUCUUCCCCGAGUGGACGGAGGGACAGUCGGUGCGGCUGACCGUGGCUGUGCUGCGCGACGAAGUGUGCCCGUCUCUGUCGCGCGUCGCCUCAUGUCGCGGCGACGUGCCGUGUCGAGGAGAGGUGACUCAUGCUGUGUUCGGUUGUCGCAGCGCCGGCGAGCAGUUUGAAUCGCCGGGGCUACACGGGCGGCUGAACAUCGUCCAGUGGAGCGAGGACUGUUACGAGAGCCAGCUGAUCGAGCGAACCAUCAACGCCUGCGAGGGCCGUGUCGACCUAGUCAUCGACUUCGCCGCCAACCCGCGGUCGCUAAACCGUUCCCUCAAAUGUCUAUCCAAGGGCGGCGUGAUCGUGAUUGGAGCGGAGACGGCUCAGCGCUACGUCAGCCGUUUCGAGAGCGUGGCCCAGGCCAACGAGCAGACGAUCGUGCCCGUCGAGAUGGGCUCCCUGGACCAGCUGCACACUCUUCUGGAUCUCAUCGCUACCAAAAAAGUGGAGCCUCCGCCGUACAACCUGUUCCCGUCAGAAGAAGCUGAGUCCGUCUUCAUGAAGCUGGGCCGCGCCAAGAUUCACGGCCGCGCCAUCCUGCACUUCGAGACGAUCCCCGACGCGCCGGAGACCUGAGCAGCGCCGUCUGUGGGUCCGGGACGACGCGGACAGCGUCAUCUGUGGAUGUGGGACAAGACCGACAGCGCCAUCUGCGAGGCGGGCGUGCUAGCGACGCGCCGCGGCACGGCCGGGCGGGCAGCGGCGCUUGUGGCUUGCGUUUGGCGCCGUGCACAGGGCCGGCUGGAGCCAGCCGCUAUUUAUCCGCAUCGAGGACUUUCAGUAGCGACUCUGUGUACCUUAUUCCGAUUGGGUGUAGUCUUGCGAGGGUGUGACCGUGCACGGAGGCGUCCGCGCGUGAGGCGUCUGCCUCCGUAUGAACGGAAUGGGACGGUGACGGACGGCGUCUGGCUGGUGGCGCCUUGCGGUGAUGGUGAAUUGUCGAGAGGACAGAGUCUUGUAACGGCAGAAAGACGUAAGUUUGCGUAGCAAUCGAUGUCUGCUUGCUAAGUGCGUGCGCUUUGUUUUGCGCGCGUUUAUGCAGGUGAACCGGAUUCUGCCUGCACAGCUUCUAUUUGCUUUGAGUCUCAACAGUGUAUUAGAGUGUGCGCUGACUCCUUAGAACUAACCUGGGCGGCAGUUGUGCAAAUGGGACCGACUGAAGCAAGCGUUAGGAGCUGCAGAUGUGUACUGAGGUAGGCAGUAGGUAGUUGUUAACGCAAAAUUCGAUGGUCCUGUUGCCGGAAUGCUACAUUUUGGCGGAUAAGAUCAUUACCCAACUUCAUAUCCGGUAGGUGCCAUCGAAAAUCUGUAUUGCAAGGCAUCGCAGCGAAAUAUAUGUCGUAAGUGAAUACUGAUAACAAAAUAGAAUGAGGCGCACGGCAGGCUGA